AUCAACUCAAUAUCUAAUACUCGUCAUUAAUUCCGUUGUUGAUCAACACAUAAAUCUUUCUUCCCAACCAUUGUUCAAUAAUUUCAACCUCAGAGCAACACCUUCACCAUGAUGUACUCCAGCAUUCUCCUUGCCGCUCUCGCCCACAGCUCCGCUGUCUUGGCUGCUACGAUGCAGGUCACCGUCGGCACCAACAAUCAAUUCGUCUUCACUCCCGACACUGUCGUUGCCCAGCCUGGAGACAUGAUUGCCUUCAACUUCGUUAGCCAGAACCACUCCGUUGCCUCGUCAAACGCCAACUCCCCUUGCACACCCCAGAGGAACGCCAUCUUCAGCGACUUCCAGCCUGUUGCCGCACCCGCAGGCGCAAAUACCAACGCCGCCGCCACUGGUAACGGCGGCAACGCCAAGAACAGGAACGGCCGCAACAAAAACAACAAGCGCCAGACCGGCAACACACCCAUGUUCAUGGUCCCCGUCACAGACAACAACCCUAUCUACAUCUACUGCUCGCAAGCGCAGCACUGCCAGCAAGGCAUGGUCAUGGUCGUGAACCCCCCAGCCGCGGGCAUGGGCGUCGCGCAGUACCGACAGCUUGCUGCUCAGGCAAAGCAGAACAAGAGCCCUAGAGGAGGCAUCUCGGGAGGUCAGAUUGUCAACAAUGCUGCUGGAACUAACCCGCCCAAUGGUGUCGUUGGUGCUGCUGCUGCGGCGGCGCAAACGAACAAUGGAAACGGGAAGGGUAAGGGCAAUAAGAAGGGGGCCAAGAAGAACAACUGAAUGUAAUGAACAAGC